CCUGUAAGUGGAGGAAUGGCUCUAUAUAAAGGGGUCCAUCGUUCUCCCACCCUCCACAUUAAACCGCCGGACACUGCUGAAAGUCCAACAGCCGGCCGAAUCACUGAAACGGGUGAUAUGCCAGGAUGCAGGAAUGUUCGCUCGCACUAGUUUCUAGUCUUGAGUGUUGGUAUGCAACCUACACUGAACUUGAUGUUUGAAGAUCUGAAGGCCGUCCUGCUAGACAUUCUUCUUAGCGCACUGAUCAACCCCUGACGAUAACUUGUAACGUGUAUGAACUACUGCCCUUCAAGUCCUGCCGCAUCUCACCACAAACAUGCCACGAUCUUUUUUAGUCAAAAAAGGAAAACAGACUGUUGACCACUGUAACCGAUGGCCCUACCGCCAGCCGUCCAGUCCUACCGAGGCGACCACUGCCCCCAGUCCCCCUCCGGGUAUUCCAACCUUGACCAUCAGCUGUAGUGACGGUGUAUAUAAUAAUUUCAUUUCUGACACCGUGUCAAAAGGAGUUUUGUUUGGAGACAAGUCGUCAGCUUUUCUAGGCUAUAAUUCACCGAAACAAGAGCUGGACUUAUCUACACGGACGUCUGUCAUCAAAACGACUCACUUGCUGACCAGUGGUCAUUAUCCUCCACCAUUGUCGCCAAGCGUCUCAGAUGACAGCUAUGAGAGACCACAUGAGUUAGAGCUCCACACAUUACAGGAAAACACGAAACAAGAGGUUUUUACUAACGAAGAGAGUUCUGAGCUUUUUAAAAAGAGCGUGACGGUAAAUUAUACAUACGAUGCUUUCUUCGUCAGCGACGGUCGGUCUCGCCGAAGGAACUCCAUUGGACUCCCGGAAAGGGAACGGCCUCGUUACACCUGCUCCGAGUGUGGGAAGCACUACGCCACAUCGUCCAAUCUGUCUCGUCAUAAGCAGACCCAUCGCAGUCCAGACUCUCAUCUUGCAAAGAAAUGUCCGACCUGUGACAAAAUCUAUGUCAGCAUGCCGGCUUUAUCCAUGCACGUGCUCACGCACAAUCUCAACCAUAAGUGUUCGGUAUGCGGGAAAGCAUUCUCUCGACCUUGGCUAUUGCAGGGUCAUCUACGCUCCCAUACAGGGGAAAAACCGUACGGCUGCGCCCAUUGCGGUAAAGCCUUUGCUGACCGGUCCAACUUGCGGGCCCACAUGCAAACGCACUCCAGUUUCAAACACUUCCGCUGCCAGCGCUGCAAUAAGACCUUUGCUCUCAAGUCCUACCUGAACAAACACUACGAGUCCUCCUGCGUGAAAGACUCUCCACCCGGAACCCCCGAAUCCCUAGCUUGAAGUCGAAAUACCCACUCAAAAGGGAGAAUUUGUGAUGUAGGAGUUCUCUUGAAAGACCUGGCAGAUAUUACUUUCUUUACCAAGAACAUAGCAAUAAAGUAAUAAAUUUCGCCUUUAGAAGCUCAUCAACUGGGAGGCAAUAAGCAACUAGCACGAGUGGCUCGUUCCAAAACAGCCCCCUAGCAAUGAUCUUCGCGAGACUUGCAUCAGGAAUGAAACAUCCAGUUCGUCCGCUAAGUAAGAUAAAAGCACAGCAGAGCUGUUUUACUUGGGUGUUUCAGCAAUAUCGUUUGAGGUAGGAAUACGAACUAGAAGUUGAUGACAAAUGUAUUGUUUCCACCACUUUCCAACAGUAUGGGAAUCAGUUUAUUUUAUUUUCUGUAUAUUGGAUUCUUUGAAAGAUGCGUUUCGUAUCUUACAGCGAGAAGGACUUUGAACCAGUCAACUGUAAUAUGGGUAUAAACACGAUUAAAGGAAAUGGAAACUUUCAGGUCGUAAAAUAGAACGAUACAUUCGAGUGUGAUUCAGAAGAUAAAGAACAACCUAACAUGUAAAAAUCCUAUUUUAUUAUAAGACACAUAAAGCUUUUGGCAAACUUCUUUUUAGAUACUUAGACUUUAUGAUAAACGAAGCUAUUCUGGUGCUGGAAAAUGCAUGCAACAUCCAAGUCAGAGAUGGUGUCAUUAUUUCCUUUCUUUUCUUAGUAGGAUUUAUUCAAAGCCAGUUGAAAUCUGUUGUUAUUGUUGUAAAUAUAAGCGACGUGUGUGGGAUUAAGGUGAUGAAAUCUGGUGUUAUUGUUGUAAAUAUAAGUCACGUGUGUGGGAUUAAGGUGUUGCGGUAAUUCUUGAAGCAUACAACUGUUCAGAAGCUAAUAAUACAAGAACAUAAAAUCAAAGAAAGUGCUUUAGUACAAGGUAUUAUUUAGAAAGAAAAUAUCCGUGUUUACAAACAGUGGUACUUCCGAGUCUGUUAACUAUUAUUAUAAUUAUAAAACCUGUGGUGAUCACUAUAUUUAAAUAACGUAUAAAAAAGCACACACCAAAAAGCAAAGAGUCGAAAAUGUUCUACCUUUAAUUUCAUAAAUUAUUCAGAAAUGAACUGGACCCUUAUGCUCUAAUACAAAUAUUUCUUUAAAGAAAUAGCUAACUAUUUAUGUUAGGAACCUAGAAAAGUUAAAAUUUUGUUAUGGUCGAAAUUUAUUCUAUGACUUAAAUGAGUAUCAGAUGCUUCUGAUAACAUGGUGGCAUUAAUUAAUAUAGGAUUAUCAUGUUAAACUGUAGCACUGAGUAAUUUGCUGGAACAGAGUAACACGGUGCUUCUGAUAACAUGGUGACGUUAAUUGACAUAAGGUUGCCGUGUUAAAAUGCGAUAGCGAGCAAUAUGCUAGAACAGAGUAACACGAUGCUCCUCUCAUAACAUGGUGAUAUUCAAUGCAAUAACACGGUAAUGUGUUCGUGCACUAAAUCUGCUUGUAUCCACAUAUUUAUAGCUAUGGGCUCCUUAACUAUAAUGACUAGAAACCCAUAGUCUGAAGAGGGGGUACUGAUGACGUUCGAAAACACCUUUGAUUAAUAACCAGAAAUAUGUCCCUGAAAAAGGAAAGGAAAUAUAUCUUUAUCAAUAGCAAUGUUAUUUCAUAUGCAAUCAUUAGAUACAAGCAAAAUCUCGGAACUAAACAGUUUCGAAACAAACUUUCAAUAAAGGGGUCCCAUGGUCUGAAAUCAGGGUUUCGGGGGUUGGUCGUUUCCCAACAUUCGACUAUUAGAAACAGAGAUAAUACGUUGUGUAUAUAUAUUUGAGGCAAGGAUCGCGGAAAUACACGAUGAAAAAAUGAAAAACUUUGCAAAAAUACAAUAUAUCAGGCUUAGGCAUGGCGGUAUACAAUAUACUUUAUGAAAUACAGUGUAAAUUUCACACUUUUAAAUAUUAUUUGUUAAGUAAUAAUUUUUGAUUUUGUAAGUUUGUGAUAAAAUAUCCGGUUGUGAAAAUGGGCAGAUAUCUAUAUGUACGCAAUUUAGAGUCGAUUAGGUGUAACAGUACUUGCUACAUCAUUUAUCUGAUGAUCCUGAAAAAAACGUUCAUCAAUAAAUGUUCUUUUUCACUCUACUUUUAUCUUAAAAAAAAGAAACAUAAAGCUUUACUUUUCUUAAUCUUACCAAACACCAAAUCAUUUUCAUUUCAAAUUAACAGGAAUUAAGU